AUGGCAGACCAAAACACCCAAAUCUACAAACACGCCGACUCAGAUGGGCACUUCCGACGCAAAGACUCAACAUUUCGCUCCUGGAUCUCCCGCGAUCCAGCAUCUGAAUUCCCCGCCGAGAAGGACCGCUACGUCCUCUACAUCAACUACGGCUGUCCCUGGGCGCACCGCGCUAACCUAGUACGCACCCUAAAAGGCCUGCAGGAUGUUAUCCAAAUGGCAGUACUAGAUCCGGAGCUCAGACCAGAUGGAUGGUUCUUCUCUGGUCGCAAUGGAUACGACGAAAAGGAUCCACUAUAUGGAUUCAAGACCCUCAAAGAGCUGUAUCUCAAGGCUGAUCCUAGUUAUGAGGGGCGGUAUACGGUGCCCACGCUGUGGGAUAAGAAGAAGGAGACUAUCGUCAAUAACGAGAGCGGCGAGAUUAUUCGCAUGUUGUCUUCUGAAUUCGACGAGUUUCUGCCAGCUGAACUCCGAGAAAUCAAUCGUCCAGGAGGUGGAUUGUACCCUGAGAAUCUGCGAAGCCAGAUUGAUGAGCUGAACGCGUGGGUAUACCCCUUGAUCAACAACGGCGUCUACAAGACGGGUUUUGCCACCACGCAGGCAGCGUACGAGGAGAAUCUGUAUCCUCUAUUUGAAGCUUUGGAUCGUGUCGAGGCACACUUGGGUCAACCAGGACACCAGCCGUUCCUCUUCGGCGAGAAUAUCACUGAAGCUGACGUCCGGUUGUAUACAACUAUUGCCCGCUUUGAUGUGGCGUAUUACUUGAUCUUCAAGUGCAAUUUGAAGAUGAUCAGACAUGAUUAUCCUCGAAUUGAUCGAUGGUAUCGUCGGCUUUACUAUGAUGAAUCAGAGAUGACGCGAGGGGCGUUCAAGAAGACGACCUACUUUGAUGUUUACAAACCUGGAUAUGUUGCUUCGUUGGGUAGGAAGUCUGGGAAUGAUCAACUGGUCGUUCCGGUUGGACCUGUUCCCGAUAUACUGCCCCCAGAGAAAGAGUGA